AUGAGGCCACCAAAGUCGACGGCGGCCUCAGUUGGCCUGCUAUGGAUCGUGUUUUUUGCAAUCUCGAUAGCCGGUGUCGCCGGAGACGACCAUCGAGAGAUUUACGCCGGGCAGGAUGUGCAGCUGCUUGCGAGACAGCAGUUGCCUGACCUCAGCAACAUAUCAACGUGCGGAUUGAACUGCCUCGUUCAGGGUAUCCAGGGGGUCGGAUGCGACCUCACCAACACGACAUGCUCUUGCGAAAGCACCGGGCUGGGCCAACUGGUUGCCCCUUGCCUGUUGGAAAACUGCACGAUGCAGGAUUCUCUGGACCUCGCAAAGCUCCAGGCCAAACAGUGCAACCUCCCACACGAAUCUCAGACGACAACGGUUCUCGCCAUUCUCAUUACGGUGUUCUCAAUUGCGUCCGUUGCUGUUGGCUUACGGCUUGUGGCAAAGAACAUGGCAAAGACAUGGAGUUUGGAUGAUGCCCUGAUAAUCUCCGCCUUGGCUCUCUGUAUUGCCCCCGUGACCUUUAUAAUACUGAUGGUAACAAAAGGAUUUGGGACGCAUCUUUACGACCUUGGGCCGGGCGACCUGUCCGACAUAUUACGACUCCUAUACGCUGCCGAAAUUGUAUAUGUCAUUGUUUUACUCUUGGCGAAACUCUCCCUGGUCGUCUUCUACUUGAAGAUCUUCGUCGUAAAAACCUUCCGCAUCGCCUCCUACUCACUGAUUGGGUUUCUACUCGUUGGACAGGUCGUCAUCGGGUUCCUCACUGUAUUUUCCUGCCACCCUAUUGAGAAGUUCUGGAACAGGGACAUUCACACGGGCGGCUGCCUCGAUGUUAACCAACUGGCAUACGCCAAUUCUGCCUUGGCCAUUAUCCAGGACCUGAUCAUCCUUGCGCUGCCCAUAGCGAUGCUCCCAGGUCUGCAGAUGAACCUCAACAAGAAGAUUUCUGUCGCAAUGGUCUUCCUUCUGGGUUCCGUUGGCUUCAUAUCCACAAUCAUCCGGCUGCAGGUCCUUUCCGUUUUCGGCAACUCCAUCGACCCGACGUGGGACUACGCGCCUGUGGUGUGGUGGACGACGGUCGAGCUGGGCGUGGUGAUCGUCUGCGCAUGCGCGCCCAUGAUCCGCAACCUCAUCGAGAAGGUGUUCCUGGGAUUCACUCUCUUCAGAAAGUCGACAUACCAAAAGUCGUCUGACAAGGGCAGCUCCCCGUCCUCGAGCGGCAGCGAGAACUUGAACAAGAUGGGGUCUUACCAGAAGCUCGGGCGAGCCCUCAGCCCACUUCAGUUCAGCGAUAACUACGUCCGCGAUCACAUCACAAAACCGGCCGGGCCGCCGGUCCCGCCGAAAGAUGGCCGGACGGUCCCGUUCCGCUACCGAGACCUGUACGCCUAUCGGGGGUCAGAGAUGCCCAAGGUGCUGGAGCCCUCGAUACAGCCGUUCGAUCUCUCGUGGAGGUCAACGAACCCCUACGGCAUCGAGAAGGAUACGCUCAAAGAUAGGGUUGGAAAGACGAAUUAUGACAUAGAUAUUGAGAUGCUGGAGAGGAAAGCGAAGAAGGGCAUGAUUGUGGAGGAGGUCGAGCACUGUCCUCUCUGCGGGUGGCGGGAAUGUGAACACAUGUAG